AUAAUCAAACAUUAAAAAUAAAGUCAACCAGAAUCUCCCAAAGUCAACUCCAACGACUCUUUCAUUUUUAACCAUCUUGUCCAUACAUUUUCUGAAUCUUCUCUUGUAAUUCUCUCUGGUAUUUACAGUGUUUAUAUACACACCACGUAUCUCCAUCAUUCUUGACAGUUGUCAGCUCCUACUAUUUUCUUUAUUUUUUAUUUUUUUUAUUUGGUUCUUGAUGUAUAUCUUGUGAGCUAGUGUCAAAUCAAGUGAGUUCAGCAAUCAGCCGUUUUACAGCGGUUUUUGCGGGCUCUGAGUCGGGUUUUUUAAGUUGGUGAAUUGGGGGAUUUCUGGAGGUGGGUUCUUGGUGGAAGGUGAUUUGGGGAAGGCCCAAGUGGUUGAUGUUGAGGAUUAAUCGAAAAGGUGCAAGCUUUGAGCUGAAAGAUUGUUUUGAUGGCUUGUUUUAAGUGUGCUGGAGGCCAGUCAGCCAUUGAUUCCGGUAAAGGAAAAAGUCGUGCCGGUCAAAUUAAAUAUGGGUACAGCCUAGUAAAAGGGCAUGCCGCUCAUUCCAUGGAGGAUUAUCAUGUUGCUAAGUUUGUGAAGGUAGGCGAGCAUGAGCUUGGGAUGUUUGCUAUUUACGAUGGUCAUAUGGGGGAUGGUGUUCCGGCUUAUCUACAGAAGCACUUGCUCGGCAAUAUUAUAAAGGAGGAAGAAUUUUGGACUGACCCUAUGAGAUCAAUAAAAAGUGCCUAUGAGAAGACAGACCAAGCAAUCCUUGCCAAUAGUUCCAACUUGGGCCGUGGUGGUUCUACUGCUGUUACAGCGAUUGUGAUAGAUGGCCGGAGGUUGUGGGUGGCCAACGUAGGAGAUUCACGAGCUGUUCUUUCAAAGGGGGGUAAGGCAAUACCUAUGACUGUUGACCAUGAACCUAACACAGAACGUGGCAGCAUUGAGAAUAAAGGAGGUUUUGUUUCAAACUUGCCAGGUGAUGUUCCUAGAGUAAAUGGGCAGCUUGCAGUUUCUCGGGCUUUUGGUGACAAAAGUCUUAAAACACAUCUGCGAUCUGAUCCUGACAUUCAAGAUGCUGUUAUCGGACGUGAUGUUGAUGUUCUUAUUCUGGCAAGUGACGGUGUGUGGAAGGUUAUGACAAAUGAAGAGGCAGUUGACAUUGCAACAAAAAUGAAAAACCCGCAGAAGGCAGCUAAGCAAUUAGCAGAAGAAGCUCUGAAGAGAGAGAGUAAAGAUGACAUCUCGUGUGUCGUCGUCAGGUUUCAUUAAGAAACCAUCUUAAUAUCCAUUGCAUCUGUUCUGCUGCAGAAACCAGGCGCCUAAGUUUCUCGCUUUAGAUAUGCAUGUUUAUAAUAGUAGCUAAACUUAAACUGUUCCCAGUUUGGUUCACCUUUUACCGUUACUACAGAGAUUUGCUAAAUUGUCAUGUAAACACAAAAGAGUCGAAGACAGUACCCUCAGUCCGUUUGUUCA